CGCCUCGCCCGGGUCCCGGGUCCUUUGCCGCAGCGUCAGCCGCGCCGCCGCCUCGCCGCCUCCCCAGCCGCGGCGCCCAGAGCCCGCGCCCAGCCCCGGGCCGCGCGGUGCCAUGCUGCCCCGGCGGCGGCGCUGAAGGAUGGCGACGCCCGUGCCUCCGCCCUCCUCGCGGCACCUGCGGCUGCUGCGGCUGCUGCUCUCCGGCCUCGUCCUCGGCGCGGCCUUGCGCGCUGCGGCCGCCGGCCGCCCGGAUGCAGCCGCCUGUCCUGGGAGCCUGGACUGUGCCCUGAAGAGGCGAGCGCGGUGCCCCCCAGGUGCGCAUGUCUGUGGACCCUGCCUUCAGCCCUUCCGGGAGGACCACCAGGGGCUCUGCGUGCCCAGGAUGCGCCAGCCUCUGGGGGAGGGCUUGCCGCAGCCCCGACUGGAAGAGGAGAUCGACUUCCUGGCCCAGGAGCUGGCCCGGCAGGAGGCAGGGCACUCCAGGCUCACAGCCCCACCCCUGCCCGAGGGGCCACAGCGGCUGCUGGAGGCUGCAGCCACCCUGGGGCUCUCCGAGCGCGGCCAGGGCCCCAGGCUGGAUCUCCCCUCUCCGCGGGGAGCCCCUGCGCCCACCCCCCGCGCCGCCCUGCGCUCUGCUGUGUCGUCUGGGCCUGUGCACGUGUCCCCCCUGCAGCCGCGGGGCGGGCGCGGUGACAGCCUCACCCUCGUGCUGAUCGUGGCGUGCUCCGUGGCCGGAGCGGCCGCCCUCGCCGUGGCCGCGCUCUGCUGGUGUCGGCUGCAGCGAGACACCCGUCUGACCCAGAAGGCCGACUACGCGGCCCCUCCGGCGCCCAGCUCCCCAGCCACGCCCGGGAUCUCGCAGCCCGGGGACCAGCGGCUGGCACACAGCGCCGAGAUGUACCACUACCAGCAUCAGAGGCAGCAGAUGCGGUGCCUGGAGCGGCAUAAAGAGCCGCCCAAGGAGUUGGACUCUGCCUCCUCCGACGAGGAGAACGAAGACGGCGACUUCACGGUGUACGAGUGCCCGGGCCUGGCCCCAACUGGAGAGAUGGAGGUGCGGAACCCACUGUUCGACCACGCCUCGCUGUCCGCGCCCCCGCUGCAGUGACCUGAAGGCGGACGCCCACCCUCUUGAGGACGCGCUGCCCACUGGUGGGGAGGGACAGGGCCCAGCCUUUCCCGUGAAGGACAUCGCAUCCUGCCACUCGUGUGCUUGUGGCUGGGCUCCGGGUGGCCUGGAGCCCCCGCUGGGGAGACGCUCCCUGCUGCCAGGGACCUUCUGUGCCUCCUCCUUGCACCUGUCCCCCAAGUCCGGACCCCCAGUGGAGGGGAGGAGGAGAACCCUGGAGACCAAGCGUGGAUUGGGAAUGCUGGAGACAAACCAAUUAAAGUACGUUUCAAAACGUUG